AUGACGAGCGACCAGCCAAGCCACCUAUCAACAAGCCGGCCCCUCCACUUUCAACACCAGAACCAGGUCACGCUCGCGAACACCGUCAAGGGGGAGCCGUUCCCGCUCGAGAACUCCAUCUCGAUCCAGGAAACAACGCUCAAGAUCCCGGUCUGCAUCGGCAUCACGCAUCACAUCUACCAACAAGAACAAGAUAACCCAGAAAUAGCUCACCUUAAGCGCGAGAACGCCAUCCUACGUGAUCUCGCUCUCGUGCUCGUCGGUGCCGCCGUUUGUGUCUCCUCGGAGAACCGCUACGGCGCCCAAGCAGCGGCCGGAGGAGGCUUUGCUGGCCCUGGGUUCACUGGAGGCGCAGGAGCCGAAGGUGGUGCUGGAGGCCCUUCAUUCCCCCCUCAGCCAUACAGCUUCGGCUAUGACAGCACGGACGAGUUUGGCACCCAGCUCUUCCACAAGGAACAAGGCGACGCCAGCAAUGCUAAGACCGGUUCGUACGGCUACCGCGACGCCAACGGCCUUUACCGAACCGUGACGUACGUGGCUGACGCGAAUGGCUUCCGUGCUACCGUGGACACUAACGAGCCCGGCACCGCCCCCGGAGCCAGCGCCGAUGCCGUGUUCAACGCCAAGCCUGUCGCUGCACCCGCCGCGGCACCUGGAGCAGGGAAAGUGACACCCGGCCGCUACGUCGGAGCCAGACCUGGUGGCGCAUAUGGCACCACUGCUGCCGCUGGUGCCGCUGGGGGACCUUGGGCUGGCUAG